AUGUCCGCUCAACCCUCCGCCAUGAACGGUGCUUCCACAUCUUCUGCUUCACAGUCAAAACAGCAGCUCAAGACAAAUUCCUUCGCAAAGACCCUGGACGGUGCUCGUAAGCAGGCCGCAAGCCCCGUGGAUGCCGCUUCGAGAAAAUCUCCUGCUCCAAAGGCCUGGUCUCAAGGCACCAACCCCAUCACACAACGCUCCAAUGCUUCCACUCCCGUAACCAAUGGCUUGACCAACGGCACCCCCAAGCCCACGCAAUCUAAGCCCCAGCAAGAGAAUGGCACGUCAAACAAGCAUGCUACCGACAGGCUUCUGUUCCUGAUCGCAAACUUUACCGGCAUGGAAGUUGCUGUCUUCCUCUUGAACGGAGAGAAGUUUACUGGUGUCUUCUCUUCUGCUUCCACCGAACCUGCCAACCCUCGUCUGACUCUGAAGUUUACCAAGAAGCUCAGUCAGCAAAUCAACGGCACCACCGACCAGUCCGACGCAUACAUUGGUGAGGGCGAAGAUCAUGUCAUGACCUUCAGCCUGCUCGACGUCGUAGAUCUCUCGGUCAACAAUCUCUUCUUGGCUACCUCCGAGACAAGAGCCCAUCAAUCGAACGCCCCUAGCUUCCGUACCGAUGUCGAGAUUUCAGGAAACCUCAACAUCCGUGAGCGCGAGCUUCAGCCCUGGCAGCCUAGCGCAGAUACCGCCAUCGACAUGUCGCUCGAAGACAACUCGCGUCCAGGAGAAUGGGAUCAAUUUGCUGCCAACGAAGCCCUCUACAAUGUCAGAAGUGACUACGACGAGAAUCUUUACACCACCGCCAUCAACAGAUCCGACCCAGACUACAGACGCAAGGCAGCCGAAGCUGAAAGAAUCGCUCGGGAGAUCGAACGCAGCGCUCCUGUGAACUCUCACGUCGCCGAGGAACGUCGCAUGAACGCUGAGAAAGAUGGCGGCCUUGAUGAGGAAGANAAAGUAAGUUGGGCUGAUAAACCAACUCCACGACUUGUUGCUGAUACCUCUUUCAGAUACAGUGGUGUCCGUCGCGAGACCAACAUCACAUCGCUUCUCAAGCAGGGUGCACCAAAUGCUUACGUUCCUCCAUCGCGAAGACCGAUCACUAGCCAGCCUACUGUACCAGGUGCUCCGUUCGACCCAGCUAUCGUCUCGGUUGCACGCCCUAGCCCAUCUACAGCUACAAACUCGGACAGUCAAGCUGCCUUGUCUAAGAAACCAGAGCAGGAAUCGCAGGCUUCAAAGGAAACGUCGACUCCAGCAGCGGCAGCAGUCCCUUCUGUGCCGUCCGUGACGGCUCCUUCUGGAGAAACACCAGCGGCCACCGCUAAGCCCGCCGCAGCCACUGCUGCACCUGUAUCCAAGCCGAUUCCUUCGAUCAACGCUGGUAAAGGUGCUACUGAAGGUGUCGAGCGUAAGGUCCUGGACUCAUUCAAGCAGUUCUCCAACAAUGAGAAGCUUCGCGUUCAGCAACAUCAACGUGUUGUGCAGGAGCGUCAACGCGCCAGUGCCCGUCAGGAGAAAUCGGUCAAGCUGAAUGACCUCAAGAAGUUUGCCGAAAACUUCAAGCUCUACUCACGCGUUCCCGAAGACCUUGUGCCCAUCCUUGCUAAGACAAAGGAGAAGCAGAACCUGAUCGUUUCAAAGGCCGAGCUACAGGCGCGUGAGAAAGAGUCAAAGGUCACAUCCGCUGAAGCGAGCCCAGCUCGCAUCGCACCUGCCAAACCUGAAGUCGCUUCUACUGAGGUUAACCAAGCACAGCCAGCAAGCCAGCCCGCGAAACGUCCAGAAACUGCUAACGAGCCUGGCUCUCCAUUGAGCCAAAGGCGUAUGGCUCAGAACAUGAGACAAAACCAAGCCAUUCCUCCUCGUGGACCUGGCAUGUCUCACGGCGUUCCUCCCCGAUCAGCUCAACAGUACAGAGCUCCUAUGGCUAACAUGCAAAUCCCCACGCCUAUUNNCCCCCCUCCCGAGAUCCGUUCACCCCCCACCGGACCUGCCUCCCGCGAACUUACCAGCCCUUCGACUGCUUCUGCCAGACUAAACGUCAAGGCAAUGGAGUUCAGACCUAACCCAUCAGCAAGCACGUUCACUCCCACAUCACCUACUAAGGCAAGUUCACAGCCUGCCAAGCGUCCCAGCAUCUCUGCUGCUUCGCCGGCCAAGUUUUUCGCCCGCAAGAGCGAAAAGCCCUUGUCUGAACGUACUCCUCUCAAGGAUGCAUUCAACCCCGUCAAGUACAUGCUCGAAACCACUGCGGCUGAGGGUAAGACUGAAACCUUCUCAUCCAAUGGAGGAAUCCCGCAAGCAUAUCGCACUCCACCAACAUGGGAGGUCGCUGAAGCCAACAAAGACAAGACAUACCGUGAUAUGUUUGCUCAGAGUCCAGUCGCCGCUAUUCCACCUAUGCACACCCCUACCAACAGUGUCAUGGCACACUCUCAUCAACUUCCGCCUCAUCUGCAGAAUGGUCCUCCCAACAACCAAACCCCUCGCUUCUACCCUCCUCAGCCUCAUCACCCUGGCCAACACUAUGACGAACACCGCAUGCAGUACGGUUCAAACACUCCGUCCGUCCAGCCAUCUCCUCGUCUGCCUCCUGCAAUGGCCUAUGGUCCGCAGAUGCACCCUCAAAUGCAGCACUUCCCUGCAGGCAUGCCUCCCUAUGGUAUGAUGCGUCCUCAGCAAUUCGGUAGCCCUCAGGGUCCUCCCAUGGGUGGUCACAUGAUGGUGCAGCAGUCGUCUAAUGGACCCUUCAUGAACGGCGCAAUGGCACAGCAGGUGCCAAUGUAUGCUUCGCCUGUGCCCGGUCAUGUACAGCCCCACUUCCCAGGCCAUCCCACUCCUCAGCCCGGCCCAGGCUUUGGACGCGGUCAUCCUAUGAGCCAUCAAGGAUCUCAGCAAGGACACCCUGGACAGAUGUAUAUGCAAAUGCCGCCCGCUGCGCCCAUGAUGAUGCAGCAACAUCCCGGACAGAUGCAGCAAAUGAGAAACUUCCCUCAGGGCCAGUAUCCAGGUGGUCCCCAAAACCAGCACGGCUACCCUAUGCAGCACCGUGCCAUGUCAAACCAGGGUUACAAUCACAAUCAGAUGACCCCUCGCCAACACCACGCAGCCCCUCAACAAGGACCCAGCCCAGGCAUGCCACCAAUGCAGCCCGCUGUCCCAGGAGAUGAGGGCAAAUGA